CAUCGUCGCAUCAUCGAAGUGGUUUCUCCGUUACUCAAUCUCCCCUCCCUCUCAGCCCAUCCGGAUGUCUCGUUCUCCGGGACAAACCUCUGCGCUUGGCAAUCCGGGUUUUCCUAUCCCGCGGUGGUCUGACUGACGUGAAUGAACCCCAACGUCGCCAACGUCGGCACAUCGUCAACUUGAAGAACUUGCGUUGCCCGCGGGAAAAGACGAGCAAGAAGAAGCGCCCUGGUGCACGACGCGACGCGAAACGUCGAGAUCCAUCGCUUUCCAACCAAGGCUGCGGCCAGUAAAACCCUUGUCCCCCAUUCUUCCUUCGAAACCACUCCUCCUCCGCCGUUACGAACGUGAUCGGAAAACAUGGCCCCGAAAUCCCAACAAUCUGCCUCGAAGGCGCCACCCCAUGGCUACCACUUUGGAGGCCCCAUCGGCACCUUCGGAAUUACCGUCAUCCUCCCCGUCCUCGUCUACUUCUUCGCCUUCAGCUGCAACGAUGUAACGGGCUGUCCCGCGCCGUCUUUGCUCGACCCUCGGAAUCUUAGCCUCGAACAAUUUAAGCAGGAAGUUGGCUGGCCGGAAGAAGGCAUCUUGGGCCUGGGUAGCGUCAACGCCACCCUCGCGGUACUGGGCUACUAUCUCCUCAACGGACUCCUCUAUCGUUUCCUUCCCGCUAUCGAGGCGGAGGGUGUUAUCCUCGCUUCCGGCGGGAGGCUGAAGUACCGAUUCAAUUCUCUCUCCUCCAACUUGGUGAUCAUUAGUAUCUGUCUCGCCGGCACCCUCGCCCAAGGCGCCGAGUGGCCUGUCUGGGUGUACAUCGCCGACAACUACAUCCCCAUCCUCACGGCCAACAUGCUCAUCGCUUUCGGUCUGGCCACCUUCGUGUACGUCCGCAGCUUCAGCGUCAAGCCCGGCAACAAGGAGAAUCGGGAGCUGGCCGAGGGAGGCGCCAGCGGCAACAUCAUCUACGACUGGUUCAUCGGCCGGGAGCUCAACCCGCGCGUCGUGGUGCCCAUCAUUGGCGAGAUCGAUAUCAAGCAGUGGAUGGAGGUCCGCCCCGGCCUGCUGGGCUGGUCCGUCCUCAACUUCGCCUUCGUGGCCAAGCAGUACCGUACCUUCGGCUUCGUCUCCAACAGCAUCGUCUUCAUCUCGGCCAUCCAGCUGCUCUACGUCGUCGACUGCUGGUACAACGAGCCCGCCAUCCUGACCACUAUCGACAUCACCACCGACGGCUUCGGCUUCAUGCUCUCCUUCGGCGACCUCGUCUGGGUGCCCUUCAUCUACUCCACCCAGACCCGCUACCUGUCCACGUACCCGGUCCACCUCAACGCCGUCGAGUUUUCCUCCAUCGCCGUGGUCAUUUCCCUGGCCUUCUACAUCUUCCGCGCCUCCAACAGCCAGAAGAACAUGUUCCGCACCAACCCCAACGACCCCCGCGUCGCCCACCUCAAGUACCUCGAGACCAAGGCCGGCACCCGCCUCAUCACCUCGGGCUGGUGGGGCAUCGCCCGCCACAUCAACUACCUGGGCGACUGGCUGCAGGCCUGGCCGUACUCGCUGCCCACCGGCGUGGCCGGCUACCAGAUCCUCUCGGCCGGGACGGGGCUCGUCGACGCCGGUGUCGAGGGCGCCUUCAAGACGCUCGAUGGCCGGGAGGUCGUCCAGGGCGCUGCGAGGGGCUUCGCCAUUCCCAUCACCUACUUUUACGUGCUCUACUUUGCCAUCCUUCUCAUCCAUCGCGACCGCCGCGACGACGAGAAGUGCUCGCGCAAGUAUGGCGACGAUUGGGAGAAGUACAAGAAGAUUGUCCGGUGGAGGAUCUUGCCGGGCGUUUAUUAGGGCAUCCUUUAGUCUCGGCAUCCGGUUUGUCGAUGGGGCCUGAUUCUGGACCGUUCUUCACUUUCUUCCUUUUCGACUGUCUUCCUUUACAUUCCUGCCCGGUGAGGGAGGCGAGAUCUGCUUGUGAGAGAAGGAUGCAUGGUGUCUACUACGCGUCAGCAACAACGUGUCACUGGAGUUGGCCCAGUGUGUACUUUUGGUGGGACGAGUCAGACCUGUGCGUAUGGCGUACAGACGGGAACGGAACGGACUUUCUUCUUAGGUGGUCACCGGGCACACCGACCCUGGGGGCUGACACGUGCACUCUUUCGAGUUGAUAUGAACUCACCAUCUAAUGUAUUCGUACUUGUUUAGUAAUACGUAAUAAUGUGAAAACAUCAACCAUGCCAC